GAGGAGCUUGUUAUGUUUGUGGUUAAGCCACAGGUGCUUGGGCAUACACUGUCAUGCUUAUAAAUUAUUUUUGUUUUGAAAAAGAAGUAAGUUUGUAACCUCAAGUUCAUAUACUUGAAUGUAGGGGGUGAGAAUGCCACCCUAACUCUUGGGAGAAGUAUAACAAUCUAGUUUAAUUCUAUAAAGUUUCACUGAGUUUAUAAACAAAGUUUUUUUCCCCUGAGUCUUGCAUUAACUCAAGAUGCGGUGCUUCUGUGUGCCUGGGAUGCUGUUUGGGUUUUGCCUACAUACUAUCAUGCUGCGGUGCCACAGCAAGCUGAAGGGCGCAGUCUUAAACAAGAGCUGCUUAUCACAACGUUUUUUAAUUUACCAAACUCUUUCUAACAGACUGUGAAUUCAAGGAAACUCCAGACGAGUCUUAAGAAGACUGGAGUGUACACAUCAGUUACAAGGGAGAGACUGGGUCAAACCACAGCUGUUAAGGAGGUAGGGUUUGUGACUUUUGUCACAGUAUAGAGGCUGUCACAUGAAGAUGGUAUGUUUGCAGAACUAUUACUGUUCAGCAUGUAAGUGCUGGAUAAAAGAACAGCGUUCUUGAGUUUUGGUCAGCUGUAAUAAAGUUCAGUGCUUGGUUUUGGGGGGGGGAAGCAUGUUGGAGGAACACAUUUCACUUGAAGAUGGUUGUCUGUUUUCUCAUUUGUGAACUGAGCCAUGUCUCGCCUAAUUCUCUGGCAGUGGAGUAACACUAUUCUAGUUAUUGAAGCUCAGGUACAGUUGGCAUUGGAGGAUACAUCUGCAUUAGUAUUUUAAUUCAAAUAAGGAACGUGCUCUUGAAAUGAGUUCCCAGUCAUCCUUGCUUGCUGCACUCUGAUUCACGUCACAGCGUGGUCUGGGAGUCUGUGAACUGUCUUCCUUUUGGAAGAAGCUAAAACUAGAAGCUGCACUUCAGUUGUGAGUGGAUGUUGUCAGUAGACAAGAGCUAGUAUGAAAUAAACACAUGCAUAUAGCGUGGAUGUUGGAUCCUCAAUAACUUUAUUUCUACAGAGUUGCUUCUUGUUCUGUAUUUAGUUGUUAAUGUAGGCGUAGCCUGAGCCUACCAUCAGUAGAGCAGACAUGGGAAAAUCACUUUCUCACCUGCCUAUGCACACGUGCAAGGAAGAUGGCUAUGAUGGAGGCACGGUGUCUGAUAAUAUGAGGAAUGGGUUAAUUCACUCAGAAUCGCACAAUGAAGAUGGCAGAUGUGGAGAUGUAUCGCAGUUUCCCUAUGUGGAAUUCACAGGAAGAGACAGUGUCACCUGCCCCACUUGCCAGGGAACAGGAAGAAUUCCACGAGGGCAGGAAAAUCAGCUGGUAGCAUUAAUUCCAUACAGUGAUCAGAGACUGAGGCCAAGAAGAACAAAGCUCUAUGUGACUGCUUCUGUAAUAGUAUGUUUAUUACUUUCUGGGCUGGCUGUAUUCUUCUUGUUUCCUCGCUCAAUUGAUGUUGAAUACAUUGGUGUGAAGUCAGUAUAUGUCACUUACGAACAGGGUAGACGUAUAAUAUAUCUAAAUAUUACGAACACACUAAAUAUAACAAACAACAACUAUUAUUCUGUUGAAGUGGCAAAUAUCACGGCCCAAGUUCAGUUCUCAAAAACAGUUAUUGGCAAAGCACGGCUGAACAACAUCACCAACAUUGGUCCUCUGGAUAUGAAGCAGAUUGACUAUAUGGUGCCCACGGUCAUUCAAGAUGAAAUGAGCUACAUGUUUGACUUCUGUACUUUAGCAUCUAUCAAAGUGCACAACAUAGUAGUCAUGAUGCAAGUGACAGUGACAACCUCUUACUUUGGCCACUCUGAGCAAAUAUCCCAGGAGAGAUACCAGUAUGUGGACUGUGGAGGAAACACAACCUACCAGCUGGGCCAGUCAGAAUACUUAAAUGUACUUCAGCCUCCGCAAUAAAAGCACCUGUCGGUUAGCGUGGAAUGACUGCUGUUGAUGCUUGCAGAGAUCCUUUGAAUAGGCCUGGUACUACAUGAAGGGGAGAGUAUGUGCACGUAAAGCAUAGCAAUCAUGGUGACCAGUUCACUUGAGAUGCAAAGAGGGAAAAGGUGCAAAAUGUAUAUAGAUGCACUUGUUAAAUGUUGUGUUUUCCCCUUCUGUUUGCUUUCUGUUACUGUAAGCACUUCUGUCAAGUUGUGUGGUGGGAGGGAGAGGGGGAAAUAUCAGAUUCUUGAACUGAAUUGGGACCUUUCCUUACAGUGUGGUACAUCAGCUUAGAGUAACUGUGUGUAUGUCUGUGUUUAGGUGAAAUGUGAGCAUUUUAGAAAAAAUGAUACUCAUAAAACUUAAGUUUAUACUUCAGUUCUUGAUAUUUGACUAUUGAAACUGGCAGUAUUACUAAAGUAACAUGAUUACUUUGAGGUAUCUGGGUGUGAAACUUCUUUUAGUAAACCAGUGGCGAUAGUUCUUUAUUUUGGGAUUCUGUUUUCAUUUGCUAUACAUGAUUAGAGGUGACAUAUGGCCUGUGAAAGCCAGGAAAGCUCUCUUGGAUGACACUAUACUUGAAUGUGCAAAUUCUAGAAUCUGGCAUCUUUUAAUUCGUAUUCCCUCCUGCUACCUCUGGGAUGUUAUAAGGAGAUUGUAUGUUGUUAGAUUUAAAGUUGGAUUUAAAAACAAAACAAAAACCACCCCCCAGAAUAAUUACUGACAAAGGUAAAACUCAAGACUGUUGAAAAUGAAUGGGUAAAGGCUUCGGUGUCAUUCUACUUUGUUUUUUAGUAAACUUUUGAGUACAGCUCUUAAAAUCAAGAUUGUGCGGUUGGAACUGGGUGGGAAACUGAGCAUGGGUUUGGGCAGGUUGAUGCAAACUUUCAUAAUUUUUAUUGUUUUAAUAUACUGUGUAUUUAAGCUACUUGUAAGUGUUAAUAUGUUGGGGUGCGUAUAUUUAGUGUGCAGGCUCAGUAAGCAAUGCAGUAGUUCUCUGAAUCUCCAGAGCACUCACAAUUCACAUCAAAGUUAUGUAAGGGAGGAAAAAGCAAUUCUUUCUGUAAGACUAAAUGCUGAUGUAAUCAUGAGACUGACUUCGAGCAUUAAAUAGCUUCAGUAGGAUAGCUUGCACAGUGAGAAUUUCCGGGGUUGUUAUCAAACAUGGUGACUGUAAACUUGGGGUCCAAAGUUGCUUGACUUCUGAAGGCUGACUGUACAAGGAUUAGGUACAAAAUUUUUAAUUAACUGGAUUAGGAUUGUUUUAUCUCUGAAUUAAAUAAGAUGCAGCUGUAAGAAGGUAUUAUUGAGACUUUGCACUGUAAUGAAUAAUAUAUUUUUUAAAAUGGAUGUUGCGGUUUUUAUGCUGCCCAUCUCCUGGAAAUAAGCUAUAUAAAAUGAAUUAGCAAUAAGCACUAUGGGGAAAAAGGCUGCUGAGUAAAUUCUUGCAACUAACAAUCUCUUAUGCUUCAGUACUUCAGUUAAGGUACAUGUCUAUUUACUCUUCUUUAUUGUCUUUUCUUAGGUGGACCUGAUUGGGUGGGUGGGGGAAAGAAUAUCAGUGAUGCAAGACUGAUUUAAAAGAAAUUAAGUAACCAUACAAAAACCCCCUCUGUUUGAAUGCUAUGAGCGCUUACUCUGGAAGUCUAUGAAAAAUUUUGGAACCUAAGCUGUCAGUUUCAUAUGAUUGUUGGUAAGAUGAAGAUGCCAGCUUUUGGCUUUGGAGAACUUCUGGAACUGGAAUAGUCAAUUCUGGUGACUUACUGUAGUUACAUUCUGAAAAUUACUCUCUAAUCUGGGCACUUAAAAGUAAACAUUCUUUAUUACAGCUUACAGUCAUAAGGGAAACUAAUUCACAAUUGACUCGCCUCUUCCUAGAGUAUAGAUGAGGUUCAGUCCUCUGGCUGAUAAAAUGCAUACAGAGGCUUGUCUGAUAGUCUGAAAAUAUGUAGGUGAUAACUGAAGACCGGGAUAGUGGGGAGCUGGUUAGUAGAGUUUACCUCCCUGCUUCUAUGUUAUCUAUUGUAAAGAUUUGUUUAUGUUGGAGGGUAGGGAGAGAAUUCUUGUCUAAAGCAUGUCAGAUCUGAAGUCGGCCAACAAGCGAUAUGGGUUUUUUUUUUCUUCUAGGCCUAAGUAUUUACACCUAGAGUGUUGGUUUUGUUUGGUUUGGGUUUAUUGUGGUGGGGUUUUUUUUUAAGUAGAAAAAGAAGAAAACAGCUCUAGGCAGGUAUUUAUAUCAAUUUAAAACAAAUUUUUCUAAAAAGUAAUCUAAAAUAACUGGAAUGGCACAACGAUAAAAUUAUUUGGUGACAGAGAAUGCUGCUUGAACAAGCAUGCUGGGGUGACGUUACACUGUUUAUGCAGUUUUGGGACUCAAACUGAACUUUGAAAGUUUGGCAGACAUACUGAACAGAAUACAUAAAUCUGUGGACCUUGUGUUGCAUGAAAUGCUUGGUAUUGGCUAAUUUAAAAUAAAGAAUUACGAGUGGAAUUAUUCUUUCCAGUUAUGUGGCAGAUGGGGGAAGAUACAAGUCUUAUUUUUAAUGUCUGUCAUCUGGGAUAUGUAAUAGACUUCCUGAAUGAUGAAGAGUUCUCGCCUUAAAAAAUAAAGGCUGGAGUAAAGAUCCUAUUGAUGAAUCCUCAAAUUAAGUCAGUUACAGGAGAGUAACCGUUGGCAUAUUACUAACCAAACAAGGCAAGAUUCUGAAUUCACCUGCUUAUCUGAAGAGAUGUUAUAUUAAAAUUAGUAGUUAAGACAUCUGUUUGAGUACUUGGACUUGAUUUCUGUGGCUGAUCUUGGAAACAAGCUGAGAGUGCCAAGAGUCAGUAUUAACUCAUCUAACUAUUUAAACAAGCUAUGAGAAUAGAUCCAAGUGACAGACCUGUAAUUAUUUCACAUUUCUUUUUUUAACUUGAUUUUAAAAUUAAAAAGGCGAGCUUUUCAGUUCACUGUAAAUCAGUAAGUACAGAUUAUCUCCAGAAGGUCAACUUGAAGAAUCGUAAUUUUUUCUGGUUUGUUUUUUUGUAAGAUGUUUUCUGAAGGAUUUCUUCUGAAGUGAUUUAUAUUUCACUUUUAACUUCCCCACAAUCUUUGGAUACUACCAGAUACUUCUAUACUGGCAUUGUAGUGUUGUGUUUCAAGGGACUUACUUUUGGCAUAAUUCUCUUCACUUGAAUUCUUUUAGCAAUUCCUGUACCAAAACCUGUUGCACUUUAAAAUGGAAGCUCUGUUAGUUAUCUCUUAAAACAGUGGUCCAGAUGUUGCUCUGUAAUGGCACAACUGAAAAACAAAACUUAAUGUAUUUUGUGUAGAAUAACUGUAAAAUUUCAAAACUAUAACUUAAGGUAAAUUAAGGUAACACUUAAAUGAGUAAAAGUGUUGGCUAUUUGGCCAUUCGGACCUGGAGAACAAAAUUACUUUAUGUUUUUAAUGAUGCUUUAAAAAUCAAUGAAUAAAUAAAGCCACCAAACAAACUCAAAGAUCUAACCAUCAAAUAUCCAUUGGAGAGAUAUGAAGGCAAGCGCUCUUAAAAGAAGUUGUAGUUGUCUGACACUUUCUCUUGAAUUCCUGGUGUGGGGAAAAGCCUGUAGAAGCUCCUUCAUAAUUUUACUCUUCUUGAUAUUUAGGGAAUAGUUGCUUAAUUCUUAACCUUUUGUGAAGACAAGCAUAAGUAUCUUUUUUUCUGGUGUGGUACAGCUUUGAAGUUCUUGACGCACUUCUGAUGUCUGCAUGACCUUGUUGUUAACGUUGUGGUGUUUAUAUUUUGCAGCCUUAUGUUGGCAGACUUAAGUACAUGCCUUAGUUGACUUGGCUCCAAAUUGUCCUUGGAAGUUCUGCGAGCGAAUAAAUUCCUUCAUAGUCGUACAUUGCAAACGUGACUCUGGGCUUUUUAGCGUGUGGUGUAUAAAGCUAACCAUUUAAGCACUGAAUCUCUAAGUGCUGGGGUUCAACUGUUACAGUCUUUAACCAUCUGACUGAAGUGUUGUGCCCUCAUGAUGGAAAGGUUGGUGCUUGGAGUAAUAUGAGGGAAUUCUAGAUUCAGAAAAAAAUAGUGUUAUUUCUUGUUCAACAUUUAAGGCUUCGGGUUUUUUUUUUUUCUUUUUGUGGUGGUGAUGGGGGGGUUAGUUGUGGUUUUGCUUUUCUUCCCACCCCCCAAAUCUGUAGUGGGACAUCUGCCUGUUGCCAGACAGCAUCUUCUGAAAUCGGUGACUUUGUUUCAGAGUUGGGCAGCUAUGUGAAGCUUAACAUCAGUUGGACUGGACUUUGAGAGUUAAGAGAUAAGCAAGGCUAGCAGUAAUGCCUCUAAGAAUUAAAUUUUUUACUUGCCUGCCUAACAAAAUGCUGCACCUUAGCAAUGCUUUCAGGCUUAGUGUUACUUCUGAAAGGGAAAGAUAAGUAAUGUCAAUGUACUUCAGUAAUGGACUACUGCAACCAGCAAAACAUUUGUUAGUGUUGGCCUUGAUCAUGCAAAAAAAUCUAGAUUUUUUUUUUCUUUUUUUGGCUUUAGGGUGGGAGGAAUAAAACCCAAGCCAAAAGAAAACCGAAACAUGUUGAAUACAGUAAUUUGGGUAUGGCAAAAACAUCCAGCAUUUGUCUACUUGAGAAGUCAUCUUCCCAUUUUACGUUAAACUGGGGAAUUCUGCUCAUUACCAGAGGGGUAGUUUGUUCUGCUACCCUACAGCUUUUGCCAUGUAAACCUGCUUUUCUGCCUGUAGGCAGGCCUGUUGGGCAGGAAUGGCUGCCUGCAAGGAGUCUGUAGGACUAGAGCUGGUGUCGGGCCCCACAGCGUCGGGUGAGACUGUUGGGUGGCAGUAACAUACUGAUCCUCUUCCACCAACCAUCGUAAGGGUCUUGCAGCCGGGAUGCAUAUGUCUUUUGGGUACCGAAACUGCUUUUGCUUUGCAUGGGCAGGGAUAUUUAGUGCCAGAAAUGCAAGUACAUUAUGGUGCCUGAAUAUUUUGGUUCUGACUGUUGGUGAUUUAGUUACUUGUUUUCUUUAAGGAAGCAAACAUAACCACUGUUAACAUCCACUGUACAGAGUGUGCAUAUAAUAACUUGAGAUAUGUAUAGAAAUACUAAUGAGUGAUAACUAUUUUUGUAACUUAAGAAUUGUAAUUGUUGUUCUUGUAACUGUGUAGCAAACAAUCUAUCAACUUAAGCAUGAUAAACACUCUAGAAGUCAAGGGGUAUUUCAGAAUGACUUGCAGGACACAGAAGCUAUUUUAAUGCAAGUUAACUGGGACAAGGGAUCUUGUUAUUUACAGGUUCAAAAUCUGGAGUUAAUUUCAUUAUGAAUAUGUUUCUAGGCAGGAUUGUUUGACUCAAAGAAUGAUAUUAAAUUUUCUAUUAAAAAAGGCUUAGAUCGUGUAUCUUUUUUUUUUUUAAACUGACUUAAUAUUUUUCUCUCCUCCUUCUCUAUCUCCAACAAAUCUUCCUCCUAUCUCCACAUAUUUUUCCCACAAGCUUUCAUGUACUAUUUCCAAUGGUAUGACUUCAAUUUUUGUAACU